CCAGCCACACACGCGCGCGCAAAAAAGGAGUACUUACGUCACUAAUACAGCGUCGCCUUUCUUCGCUCUUCCGUUGAAUUGAUUUCGACUUCACGCGUCGUGUCCUUUGAUAGAGGACUAACUCAGUGACAAUGAACGUCCAACAUGAAGUUUCCCUGCUUGUUGACGAGAUCCAACGGCUUGGCAGUAAAAAUGCCGAUGGAAAAAUGUGUGUGAAAUUUGGUGUCCUGUUCAAUGAUGAUAGAUGUGCCAAUAUAUUUGAGGCUUUGGUUGGGACUCUGAGGGCUGCCAAGAGGAAGAAGAUCAUCACAUUUGAAGGGGAGCUACUCCUGCAAGGUGUCCAUGACAAUGUCGAUAUCACACUUCUACAGGAAUGAAGCUGAUGACUCAUUAUUCAGGUGAUAAGUCAAGCUUGUCUUCGAGUUACUAUUAUCAAAGUUUUACUGUUAACAUACUGAGCUAAACUGAUAUUACAGCAGGUGCAGCAAAAUGCUUGAUUUGCCUGCUCCUCACCAUUGUAGUAGAAUGUUAAUGUAAAAACAACAUUGACCAGGGAUCACAAAUCAACGUUUUGAUACAAUUUCAAGAAUACAAAUGUACAGGUCUUGAAACAGGCUGAGAAUGUAACAUUUUGUAUACUGCAUUAGCAUAUUGUACUUGUCAUAAGGAAUAUUUUAUAGGGGAUGAAAUACUACUAGACUUUUUAGGAAACAAAUUACUCCUAUUUAAAACCAAGAUUCACCAAAUGUCAAUUUAAUUUAUUGUUUACAUGGUCAAUUGCUACCUUUUGUGGCAAGUGCUUUAAGAGAGGCUUUUGCACAUAAUGAUUUUGUAUUCAUGCUAAUGUUAAGCAUUUGAGUAUAGAAUAUUUAAGCUUUUAUAUGUUUGCAAGACUGUCUUUUUCGCUACUGACCACAAACAAACCUUUGCCUUUGCAAGGGGGAUUAAGCCAAUGGAUUUCCUGUGUAAUUAUUAUUAUUAUUAUUUAAUUACAGGGAGAUUUGUGCCAAAUAAAAAGUUGAUUUUGUAAUGAUUCUCAGGACGUAAUCCACACAACUGUUAAACUGACUUUUUGAAAUUUGACUUCUUAUUUGGAAUACACAUUUCCCUCAUUCCUGAAAGUGUUAUGUUAUGCAAACAUUAUAGAAUAGUCCUUGUAAUAAGCGAUAUUAUGUGCUUCAUGUUCAUUAUGUUGUAUAUAAAUGAUGUAUUGGAUGUUCUCUAACCACAAUAGGAAUUAUAGAUGACAUUUCUGUAUCUGUAACAUGCUGUAUGUUGUGGCCUACUUCAUGUUCCCUAAAAGAAUUGUACAAUUCUGUCAUCAAAUUGUAUGGUUGACAAUGAACUGUAACUGUUUAGAUGUGAAUGACCAUUAACUAAAGAAAAACCUUCAAUUUGC